GGCAGGAAACUCAGCAUACAUGUCGUGACAUGGAACGUGGCCUCUGCGGCACCCCCUCUAGACCUCAGUGACCUGCUUCAGCUGGACAACCAGCACCUGAAUCUGGACAUAUAUAUCAUUGGUUUGCAGGAAAUGAACUGUGGGAUCAUGAGCCUUCUUUCUGACACUGCCUUUGAUGACCCAUGGAGCAGUUUCUUCAUGGAUGUGCUUUCUCCUCUGAGCUUCAUCAAGGUCUCCUGUGUCCGCAUGCAGGGCCUCCUCUUACUGAUCUUUGCCAAGCAUCAGCAUUUGCCCUUUAUCCAGAUCCUCUCUACCAAAUCCACCCCCACUGGCCUCUUCGGGUACUGGGGGAACAAAGGCGGAGUCAACAUCUGCCUGAAGCUUUAUGGCUACUAUGUCAGCAUCAUCAACUGCCACCUCCCCCCGCACCUGGCCAACAAUGACCAGCGGCUGGAGCACUUUGACCGGAUCCUAGAGAUGCAGAAUUUUGAGGGACAGGAUAUCCCCAACAUCCUGGACCAUGACCUCAUCCUCUGGUUUGGAGACAUGAACUUUCGAAUCGAGGACUUUGGGUUGCACUUUGUUCGGGAAUCCAUAAAGAACCAAUGCUACAGUGAGCUGUGGGAGAAGGAUCAGCUCAGCAUCGCCAGGAAAUGUGACCCACUGCUCCGGGAGUUCCAGGAGGGCCCCCUGCUCUUCCCACCCACUUACAAAUUUGAUAAGAAUUCCAACAACUAUGACACCAGUGAGAAAAAACGCAAGCCUGCGUGGACUGACCGCAUCCUGUGGAGGUUGAAGCGGCAUCCCCAGGCCAGCCUCCGCACUCCUGGUCGACUGGCCCCCCACUUCUCCCUAUCUCUGAAGAGCUACAUCAGCCACAUGAUGUACUGCAUCAGUGACCAUAAGCCUGUCACCAGCACCUUUGACUUGGAGAUGAAGCCAUUGGUUUCUUCCCCACUGAUCACCCUGAUCCCUGAGGGCCUGUGGACCAUGGAGAACGACAUGGUGAUCAGCUACUCCUUGGCUCCAGACUUCCCCAGCAGCCCCUGGGACUGGAUUGGACUAUACAAGGUGGGACUCCGCCACAUAAAUGACUACAUGACCUAUGUCUGGGUCAGGGAUAACCAAGUCUCCAUCAGCGAUGGACUGAACCAGGUAUACAUCAACACCAAUGAUAUCCCCGAAAUUGAGGAUCAGUUUCUCCUCUGUUAUUAUAGCAACAAUCUACAUUCUGUGGUGGGGAUAAGCAAACCCUUCCAGAUCUGUCCCCGAUCCUAUUUUGGGGAAGACUCACUGAGUGAAGCCCAUCUACAGAUCUGA